GCCGGUCGACACCUCGUCCCUUUCCCUUCUCCACCCCCGGGCGAGCUCACCGGCAGUUCACCGCCCCGCCGCCUCCUCCCCUUCCGUCCCGGCGCUUCCGCCUCCAACAAUGUGCGCAGCCAGGCGUCUCGCAGCGGCGCUCCCUCGACUGCGAGCACAGCACCGCGCCUCCUCCUCCGCCGCCUCCCCACCCGCUCCCACCCCUUCCGCCGCCUCCGUCCUCGACGACCUCCUCUCCGCGCCCACCCCUUCCGCCUCCGCCCUCUCCCUCCUCCGCGACACGCCCUCCCUCUCCGCCGAGCUCUACUCCACCCUCGCCGCGCCCUCCCACGCCCUCACCCCCGCCUCCCUCGCGCUCCUCCUCUCCCUUCCCUCAUGCCACCGCCUCCCGCCCCCCUCCGCGCCCAUCCUCUCCGCCCUCUUAUCCAAGAUCCUCGCGCGUCGUCCCUCCUCUCCCGUCCAAGCCGCCGGCUUCCUCUGUGCCUCCCUCGCCGCUGGCGCCCCGCCGCCAGAGACUUCUGUUUUCAACAAGCUCCUAGCCCCGCUCGCUCGCGCCGGAGACCUCCCGAGAAUGACCCAGCUCUUCUCCUCCAUGCGGGCCGCCACUGUCAGGCCUGACGCCGUCACCUACGGCAUACUCGUCAAUGGCCUCUGCAAAUCUGGCCGCGUGGGGGACGCCCUCAGGAUGCUCGAUGGAAUGUCUGGUUCAGACUCGGACGUUCGCCCGGAUGUUGUCACGGUGAACACAGUCGUGAACGGUUUGUGCAAGAGUGGGAGGGUCCAAGAGGCUGUGACAUUUGUGGAGGAGCGGAUGAGGAGUGUGCAUGGACAUGCACCCGACACAUUUUCUUACAACUGCUUGGCCGAUGCAUUUUGCCGUGUGGGGAAUGUUGCCAUGGCGUGUGAGGUGAUUGGGAGGAUGGAGAGGGAGGGCCUGUCACCGGAUGUCUUCACUCUGAACAUGAUUGUGGUCGCCUUGUGCCGGGUAGGGAGGGUUUGGGCUGCGCUGGAGUUCUUCAGGGAGAAAAGAACAAUUUGGCCUGAAGCCAGGGGCAACGCUGUGACCUACAGCACUCUGGUUCAGGCUUUGCUCAGCACUAAAAAUGUGGAUGUGGCCAUGGAGUUGUUCCAUGAGAUGAAAGAAGUAUGGCAACCACCAAAGAAAACCAUGUAUUUCAUCAUGACGUUGGGAUUGGCACAAGCAGGGCGGUUGCAGGAUGCUUGCUCCAUGGCGUCAUCGAUGAAGAAGGCAGGCUUUCAGCUGGAUGCAAAAGCAUACAAUAUUUUGAUUGGUGGGUUUUGUAGGGAGAACAGACUGUGUGAGGCUCAUGAGUGGCUUGGGAAGAUGAAGGAAGCUGGUCUCCGGCCAGAUGUGUACACCUACACUACCUUGUUGUCUGGUUCGUGCAAAGCAGGAGAUUUCUUGGCUGUGGAUGAAUUGAUGGGGAAAAUGAUCGAUGAUGGUUGCCGGCCUUCUGUGGUCACCUUUGGUACACUUAUACAUGGAUAUUGCAAAGCUGGUAAAAUAGAUGAGGCGUUGCACAUUUUCCGGUCUAUGGAUGAAUCUGGUGUUCAGCCCAACACUGUGAUAUACAAUAUUCUGAUCGACUUUCUCUGCAAGAGCAGAAAUGUUAGUUUAGCAAUUAAACUGUUUGAUUGGAUGAGCGAGAAGCAUGUGCCCGCAGACGUAACAACCUUCAAUGCAUUGCUGAAGGGACUUCGCGAUAAGAAUAUGCCGGAGAAGGCCUUUGAACUGAUGGACAGGAUGAGGGAAGAGAGGUGCACCCCUGAUUCCUUGACCAUUGAAGUUCUCCUUGAAUGGCUGCCUGGCAUUGGUGAAACAAAUAGAUUAAAUAAUUUUAUGCAGCAAGUGGGGUGUACGGCACCGAAAAGGACAACUACAUAAGAAUAUGCUAGUUGGCACAAUGAAGUAGUCUUUCUCAAAUUAUGCAGGCAUGAAUUUUGCUUCAGCUUAAUCAGCAGUUACAAUACCUAGGUGGAAUUUGUGAUGGGAAGGUCAGAGCUGAUGAGAAUUGUCUGCACUCUGCAAUCUCAGUCGUGGCUUACGGUGACAACUGGUUAUGUUUUUCAGUCAUUACUAGUCAUGACACUGUUGGUUGGGUACUCAUCAGUUCCUUUUUCUGAUGUUUGCAUCCAUGAGCGCCAUUAUUGAGGAGUGCAGAAAGCAGUUAUAUCAGUUCUCAGCUGGUCAGUGGAUAGUAGUGUAACAGGCAGCAACACAUUCUUGACAUGCGGCCGUCUACAUCAAAUGAGGCUCUUAUUCUUCAUCAGAUAAUUAUUGCUGAAGAGACUUCGUAUAGAAUAUGCCUGAAAAGGCCUUUGAAUCGAUGGAUCGUAUGAUGGAAGAGAGGUGCACUCCAGAUUACGUGGCCAUUGAUAUUCUUAUGGAAUGGCUGACUGUCAUUGCUGAAACAGAAAGAUGAAAGGAUUUUAUGCAGCAAUGGGACAAUGUGGCACCCAAGAGGAUAAAUUGAUAAGAAUAUGCUUAGUCGACACCAAGAGUUUUGCUCAAAGGAGGGAGCCAUGAGUUUUGCUUCAGAUUAAUCAAGAAUAGCAAUACGAAGGUGUAAUUUGUGAUGGAAAGAGCCGUGUUGGAUAGAAAACCAACUCCUGAAGCCUGGCUGACCUAAUAUAAUGGCUGCCCCUGUGAUCAGAAUUGUCUGCACCCUGCAAUCAUAAACAGCCAGCAGUACGUUCAGUUAUAGGCCAUACUGAAUUCUGUAGGGUCUCAUUCAUCACAUAUGUGAUUUGUGACAGCUGACCAAGUUUUUAUGUGCUAAUCAGGGCACUGUUGGUCGGGGGCUCAUCGGUUCCUUUCUCUGGUGUUUGCCGGCACCUGCAUUAUAACUGAAGAAUGCAGAAAGUCGAUACAUUGCACAUUUACAACCUAAUCACUUCAGCGCUCAACUGCUUAGAAGAUGGUAGGGGGGCAUACAGCAGCAGAUGGUUGUCAUGCAACCAUCUAUAUGUAUAUAUAUCAAGUGAUCCCCUUGUUCUUCAGCAGAUAAAGGUGAUAGUUGCACUUGGGAAAGAUAAAAAACGUGGGCGUGUUAAGGGACAACUUAUCUUGGAACACUGCAGUUAAUCAGCUUAAUUUUAUAUGUGAUGGUACUCAUGACAGAGCAUCAAACCCAUGACAGUUAGUUUACCUCAUUUUCACUGUGCAAGAAAUUGUAUGCCUAUUAAAUCUGUCUCAUGGUGGAGGAGGGACUGUCUAGUUGUUGCAGCACCAUAUGUAUGGUUAUGUGGUAAGACGAUCCAUAUUUCACAUCCUCAUCUUUCCAGCAAUAAUUUGCCUGUUAGUUCAGUGAUUGUGGCUUUGCAUGUGAAAUCUUAGAAAUUCGACCAAGCUCUAAAUUUUCAGUUUGUUGCGAGUAUGUUCACGUAAUAAAUAGCAUCAGGAAGUUGUGUCUCGCAUCUGCUGCAUAUGGCUAAUAAUUAGUCCCUCAGUUAAGAAAUAUAAGAGCUCUUAUGUUUGUUUACAGAGGGAGUACCACAUUGCCGAGACAAAAAGAAAUGUUGCCAGUCCAAAAUGGUACUGUAGUUAAAAACAUCCUAACUUUGACGCCUUGCAGGGUUCAGUUGGAAAAGUUGAUGCUUUUUUCACCAUACCUUAUCCUUGUACCAUUCUUGAUUGUCAAUUUCGUAUGUUCUUGGGACUUGCAAUCAAUCUUUGCUGAAAACAGAGGGAGAGAUGGAUACAGCUGCGAUGCUGAUGGCUCGACAAUCAUUAAAUUGCACCCCCCAGGAGGUGCACUGCGCCGUGCUGCAUCAUCAUGAUAAAGAGGUAACUGAAUUCCUGUUCACCUGGUCAGUUCUGAUUUUGCUGACAAAUGCACGUAACAGAGAUAGACUUGUUUAACAUGAUGGUUCAUACUUGAGUUCCUAAUCACACUACCAAACCUGACAUGCAACUGCUACCCAGGGCUUGUCAACAACAUUAUUACGACUCACGCUCCUACUAAUGCUAGGCUCACUUUUAAGGCAUUUGAAGUAGCAAGUGCCGUACAAACAUGAAACUGAAACUGAAGUAGGCUAUCAAGAGAAGUGAUCCAUUCGUGUUAGUUUUUUAAACCUCCAAGCAUGACUUUUUCCAGAGCUGUGUUCUAGUACUGUCUAACCAUGUACUUAUGGUACAGGUUAACAGACUUUUGUAAACCUUAACAAAGACCCACAUGGAUACCUCACUUAAACAAACAUUAUGUUUACUAUCUAAACGUCUUAAUAACCUUACGCCCGUCAAAAUGCAUAUUUGCCUCAGAAAUAUGUGAAUGCAUCUGCUGGUAACACUAGCUUUAUAGUUACAUAGCUAUGCUGUAUUCGGUGAUACGAUAUUUGCACAUAAGAUGCAGGAAAUUUAGGUUGGUGAAGGGCGGUAGAUCGCAUAAAAGGGAGAGAGUUAAUUAGCUUCACUGAAAGUGGCUGCAGAUAGGGCGCAUUCAGACAGGAAGAGAGGUUCAGGCGCAGAUUGAAGAGGAGCAGAGGCUGCCGGUGGCACGCUCUUUGUCAGUUGUUGACAGCCAUGUAUGCUGACUUGCUCGUGUGUAUUGUUUCCUCUAUCUACUACCGGAAGUCAUGAGGAAGUCAAUAGAAGCCAUGUUUUUCGAACCGGCCAGCAGAAACAGAGUUGGCAAGUCCAGGGCUAGUCUAGUUUUGGUAAAUCUGCUGUUUCAGUCGGUGGUAAAUAAAAGUCGUUUUCACGCCUUGUAAAUACUACUCCCUCCGUAAACUAAUAUAAGGGCAUUUAGAUCACUGAAAUAGUGAUCUAGUUUACAGAGGGAGUAAGUAGUAAUGGGUGCAUAUUAUAGAACAACACAAGGAAAUCGACUUUGGUUCAUCUGAUCCGCUUACUGGCUUAUCACAGUGUAAUUUUUCCCCAUUACCUCCAAACCUGUACUAUUCAUAUGCUAUUGCUUAAGACUAGCUACAAUGGGUAGUAACAUAGACUAGUAACAUGCCAUGUUACUAGUCUAUGUUACUACCUCUAUAGUGGGGAGUAGCAUAUGUGUGGUAACAUGGAGCAUUUCAUUUAUUAGGCUAUA